AUGGGGGACUUGGUUAGUGAAAACCAGUCAACAUUCAUUAAAGGGAGGUCUAUUGCUAAUAACAUUCUAAUUUGCUCUGAUAUUAUAAGAGCUAUUGAGCAGAGAAGGGGGUCUCCUACUGCAGUUCUAAAGAUAAACUUCCACAAAGCAUAUGACGCAUUGAGUAGGAAGUUCCUAUUGGAGAUUAUGAGAAGAAUGGGAUUUCCUCCCAUAUUCAUGAAUUGGAUAAAGGCAUGUGUCACUACUCCUACAUUCUUAAUUCUUGUAAAUGAAAGUCCAGUAGGAUAUUUCAUGGGAGAAAGGGGGAUUAGGCAAUGGGUUCCUCUGUCACCUUACUUGUUCACCAUGGCCAUGGAAGGAUUCACUGGAUUAUGA